GCGUGCUCGCUCAGAGAAGCGGUGUGGCUGCAGAGAGACGCUCGUAUGCUUCCCUCACAGGCACUUUAAACAGGAUGUAGCGACUGAGCUAGACCACGGAGAGAAAAAAGCGAAAGAAAAAAAAAGAGCGGGUUAAGCACUGCGAUGUGACACACGCCAGAGAGACAGCGAUGACCGCCACGGCACAGGAGAAGAAGAGGACAGGAGUCCAGAUGAGGCACCUCACCCCCGGCAGGUCUUGACGGCUGCUCCCGCUGACCGGAGACCCCCACCUCCACGCCACGGCCGCAGCAGCAGCGCACGGUUUACGAGCACUGAAAACACAACAUUACCCGAAAUAUUUCACCCGUGAACCUUGAAAGCAGCCAUGGGGAGCCAGGGAGACUGCUGUGUGAAGGUUGCGUUGAGGAUUCGCCCUCAGAUGGCCAAAGAGAAGAUAGAAGGCUGCCACGUGUGCACGUUGGUCACACCCGGAGAGCCUCAAGUCCUCCUGGGAAAGGACAAGGCCUUCACCUAUGACUUUGUGUUCGACAUUGACUCAGAGCAGCCCCACAUCUACCAGAACUGCGUGUACAAGCUCAUCGAGGGCUGCUUCGAGGGCUACAACGCCACCGUGUUCGCUUACGGUCAGACGGGCUCAGGGAAGACGUACACCAUGGGGACGGGUUUCGAUGUAAGCCUGAGCCCACAGGAGCAGGGCAUAAUCCCGCGGGCUGUUCAUCAGCUGUUUGAGGGAAUCCAGGCCAGGAGGAUGCGCGCCCAGGAGGCCGGCACCCAGCCACCGGACUUUAAAGUCAGCGCCCAGUUCCUGGAGCUGUACAAUGAAGAGAUCUUGGACUUGUUCGAUGGAACCAGAGAUCCAGAGAGUCGCGGUAGGAAGUCCGCCAUAAAGAUCCACGAGGACGCCAGUGGCAGCAUCUACACCACGGGAGUCACUUCCAGAUUGGUGCACUCAGAGGACGAGCUGCUUCAGUGCCUGAAACUCGGCGCUCUGUCCCGCACCACUGCCAGCACUCAGAUGAACGCCCAGAGCUCCCGCUCGCACGCCAUCUUCACCAUCCACCUCUGUCAGAUGCGAGUCUGUCAGCAGCAAAUGCAGAACGGUGGAGGAGGGCAGAAUGGAGAGCUGAACGGUGGUGUGGAGUCUGGCCCGAUCUCCCAGCCAGAGUAUGAGACACUGAUGGCCAAGUUUCACUUCGUGGACCUGGCUGGCUCCGAGAGGCUGAAACGCACAGGCGCUACAGGAGACAGAGCCCGCGAGGGAAUCUCUAUUAAUUGUGGACUUCUGGCUCUGGGAAAUGUGAUCAGUGCUUUAGGCGAUCAGACCAAGAAGGGCGGACACGUCCCAUACCGAGACUCCAAACUUACCCGACUGCUUCAGGACUCGCUGGGAGGGAACAGUCGUACGGUCAUGAUCGCCUGCGUCAGCCCGUCAGACCGGGACUUCAUGGAGACGCUGAACACACUGAAGUACGCCAAUCGCGCCCGAAACAUCAAGAACAAGGUGAUGGUGAACCAAGACAAGACGAGCCAGCAGAUCAGCGCCCUGCGCGCCGAGAUAGCCCGACUUCAGAUGGAGCUGAUGGAGUACAAGGCGGGGAAGCGUGUAGCCUGUGAGGAAGGGUCAGAGGGCUACAGUGACCUGUACCAGGAGAACACCAUGUUGCAGAGAGAAAAUGACACCCUGCGUCUCAGGGUGAAAGCAAUGCAGGAGACCAUCGACCACCUCAACUCACGCGUAACACAUCUGCUGGCCAAUGAGGUCAGCACUCUGCUCGCCAAGUCAAGCGAGGGCAACGAGGAGAUCGGGACUCUAAUACAGAACUAUAUCCGAGAGGUUGAAGAACUCAGAACCAAACUUCUCGAGAGCGAGUCCAUGAACGAGUCGUUACGGCGACAAGUGGGCCGGCUCUCCUCCCGUUCCCCGUUCCCCACCUCCACUCUCAGCCCCGCCCCCGGUCACCCCCCGGGUUCUUCGCCUGCUCCCAUGUCUAUGGAGGCGGAGAUGACGGACGUGCUACGCCGGGCCAAGCUGGAUAUCGAGAGACUGAAGAAGAAAGAGAGGAGGCAGAGGAGGAUGAGCCCAGAGUUGGAGAAAGGUCUGAAGAAACGAGUAAAGCUGCACACUCAGGAGAACGGGCAGGGCGGGGAGAACGGGCAGGGCGGAGAGAUCGAUUCAGAUGAGAAUUACACCGAGGACAUCAUGUCUCCACUGCAGGAGGAGAGUGGCUGCGAUGACGAGGAGGGGGAGGACGAAGAGGAGGGUAGGGAGGAAGAGGAUGACUUUGACAGUGAUGAGAGCCUGGUGGAUUCGGACUCAGACUCGGAUGAGAAAGCCAACUUCCAGGCGGACCUGGCAGACCUGACCUGCGAGAUUGAGAUCAAGCAGAAGCUGAUAGAUGAGCUGGAGAACAGCCAGCGGAGGCUGCUGAUGCUAAAGCUGCAGUACGAGGAGAAGCUCAUCCUGCUGCAAAACAAGAUCAGAGACACGCAGCUGGAGAGAGACCGCGUGCUACAGAACCUCAUGACCAUGGAGAACUACACGGAGGAGAAGGCCAACCGGAUCAAGCAGGAGUACGAAAAACGCCUCAAGGAGAUGAAUCGCGACCUGCUUAAGCUACAGACGGCACAGAAGGAGCACGCACGCCUCCUCAAGAACCAGGGGAGGUAUGAACGGGAGCUGAAGAAGCUCCAGGGCGAGGUCAACGAGAUGAAGAAGGCCAAGGUGGCGCUGAUGAAGCAGAUGAAGGAGGAGCAGCAGAGGAGGAGGAUGGUAGAGGCGAAGAGAAACCGUGAGAUAGCCCAGCUAAAGAAGGAGCAGCGCCGGCAAGAGUACCAGAUUCGUGCGCUGGAGUCUCAGAAGCGGCAGCAGGAGCUGGUGCUGCGCAGGAAGACUCAGGAGGUGACCGCCCUGCGGCGCCUGGCCAAACCUAUGUCAGAUCGAGUGGCUGGACGAGUGGCCCGCUGGAACCAGACUCCCCCGGUUACGGACUCUGGAGCUGAGUUAUCAGCGAGCACCACGGCGAGCAGCUCUGAGCCCGAGACUGCGAGGACCGUAAGCGGACUGGUGCGGCAGUGGAACAACAAGAACAGCGUGUACGGAUAUCUGGGAGAGAGCGAAGGCAGCAUGGAUGGAACACGCGUCAUCGGCAGUAGAAAGAAGUUGCCGCGUAAGCCAGCCGGCCUGGGCAACAGUGGAGCUGCAGGCAGAACCAGCAGCAUUUCAAAGUCUGCACGUCAGAAGUGGCAAGCUCUCGAGCGUCGAAUCACGGACAUCGUCAUGCAGAGAAUGACUAUUGCAAACAUGGAAGCCGACAUGGAUCGCCUUAUCCAGAAGCGAGAAGAGCUGACGGCCCAACAGGAAGCGCUCUCACAUAAGAGAGAGGUGCUGAUGGCGGACGGGGAGGGGCCAGAAGCUGAGGACCGCCUCCUUCAGGAAAUUAACGAGGAUAUUGAGGUGCUGAACGCCAAUAUAGACUACAUCAACGACAGCUUGUCUGACUGCCAGGCCACCAUUGUACAGAUAGAGGAGACCAAGGAUGAGCUGGACUCAGUGGACACCUCAGUGGUGAUCAGUUCAUGCUCCUUGUCUGAAGCACGCCACCUGCUGGAUCACUUCCUAAAGGCUUCCAUAGACAAGAGUUUGCAGGUGGCUCAGAAGGAGGCUCAAAUCAGACUGCUCGAAGGCCAGCUGAGACAGACAGAUGUGAUUGGCUCGUCCCACAAUCACAUGAUCCUCGAUGCCCUAAGAGAAAAGGCUGAGUGCAUCCCCGAGCUCCAGGCUCUCAUCCACAACGUACAGCAGGAGAAUGGUUAUGCGAGCACAGAUGAGGAGCCCUCUGAAUUCAGCCAAGCCUCCGACAGCAGCGUGUCUCAGAUGAAAGAAUCGAACAGCCAAGAUGACUUCAAAACAAAAUUACAGCAGAUGGAGCCCCGUCUCUCAGCUCAGAUGAAGGCGGUGUCAGCAGAGUACCUCGGUCCAAUCCUGGACCCCUCAUCCGGCAGCAAACCGCAGCACAUCACCAAGUCUCUGGCUUCACUGACGGACAUCCAGGAGGACGGCCUGAGUCUUGCUCCAGGGAGCCUUGUCAGCCUGGCAUUAAGAGACACGUAUCACAGGGACCGGGUAUCCCGCACCAUCAGCUUGCCUGUGAGGGGUCACACCUUUCCCAGGCAGUCUCGGGGCUAUGACACUUCCCCCCUAACCAGAAGGAAAUCUUACGACCGUGCGUACAGGCCGACUGAUGGCUACACUCCCCCCUCCCCUCCUCUGAGGACCAGGAACGACCGCAACGUCUUCUCGAGGCUCACCAGCAACCAAACCCAAGGUUCUGCUCUGGACAAGUGAGUGCAGAUCCAUACG